UCUUCAUGGCGCAUCUGGGAAGAUGUGGGCUGCGGUGGCGGCCCUGGUUUCAGGAUGGACAGUUCAGGGACAAGGCAGCCAAGGUCAAGAGAAACUGGUGGGUGAUGGAAAGAGAGAGUCUGCCUUCAGCCACCUCUGAGGGUGAAGGCAGUGAUGCAUUGAGGGAAAAGCACAUUAUUUGGAGACAAAAGGAUUAAGGUUUAUUCUCACUGACUAUGCAAUUUUGGACAAAUUCAUCUCUCUGAGGCUGUUUUUUCCUACAAAAGAGGGGAAAUUUACUUUUUAUAAGAUUGUUGUGUGGAAUAAAUGAGUAAAUUCAUGUAAAGGAACUGCCUCAGGGCCUGGCACUUAAUCAAUGUUCCAGCAGUGAAUAGUUUAUAACCCAAGAAAAUGAUACACACAGAUGCCUUUUGACCAUUUUAAAGGGCCACGAACACAUAAGCUGAUGUUGCUUUAACAUACUAUUAUCCAUUUCUCAUAAUGUACUGGAUAGCUGUGAAAUACUUGGGCACUCUCUUCAUUCAGAGCUUGGAGACUGAAGUACUCUGGGAGCAUGUCAGGUCACCUCCCACUCUCAGGGAUUGGCAGAUGAGGGCCCUGGGGCUGGAAGUGAGGAGGAGAGUAGGUCCGGAGUCAGGAGAGUGGUGGGGUAACUUCACUGAGCCGCGCCAAGCAGAGGGGCAGGUGUGUCCUUUACUAUGGCUGGAACAAGAGCCCUUCUGAUGCUGGAAAACUUCAUAGACGGGAAAUUUUUACCUUGUAGCUCAUACCUAGAUUCCUACGAUCCCUCUACAGGGGACGUGUACUGCCGAGUGCCAAACAGUGGAAAAGAAGAGAUUGAAGCUGCGGUGGAGGCCGCCAGAGCAGCUUUUCCUGGCUGGUCCUCCAGGAGUCCCCAGGAGCGUUCGCAGGUGCUGCAGCGGCUGGCGGAUUUGCUGGAACAGUCCCUGGAGGAGCUGGCCCAGGCCGAAUCCAAGGACCAAGGGAAAACCAUAACCCUGGCAAGAACCAUGGACAUUCCCCGGUCUGUACAGAACUUCCGGUUCUUCGCCUCCUCCAUGCUGCACCACACGUCUGAGUGCACGCAGAUGGACCACCUGGGCUGUCUCCACUACACGGUGCGGACCCCCGUGGGAAUCGCUGGUCUGAUCAGUCCCUGGAAUCUGCCCCUCUACUUGCUGACCUGGAAGAUCGCUCCAGCAAUCGCUGCCGGCAACACUGUGAUAGCCAAGCCCAGCGAGCUGACUUCCGUGACUGCGUGGAUGAUGUGCAAACUCCUGGAGAAAGCAGGUGUUCCACCCGGUGUGGUAAAUAUUGUGUUUGGAACGGGACCCAGGGUGGGCGAGGCCUUGGUGUCCCACUCAGAGGUGCCCCUCAUCUCCUUCACUGGGAGCCAGCCCACGGCUGAGCGGAUCACCCAGCUGAGUGCUCCCCACUGCAAGAGGCUCUCGCUGGAGCUGGGGGGCAAGAAUCCUGCCAUCAUCUUUGAAGAUGCCAACCUGGAGGAGUGCGUUCCGACAACAGUCAGGUCCAGCUUUGCCAACCAGGGUGAAAUUUGCCUCUGCACCAGCAGAAUCUUUGUCCAGAAGAGCAUUUAUAGUGAAUUUUUAAAGAGGUUUGUAGAAGCUACCAGAAUGUGGAAAGUUGGCGUUCCCUCUGACGCAUCAGCUGACAUGGGACCCCUGAUCAGUAAAGCUCACCUGGAGAAAGUCAGAAGUUACAUCAAGAAAGCUCGCAUGGAAGGGGCCCGAAUUCUGUGCGGUGAGGGAGUGGAUAAGUUGAACCUCCCCCCCCGGAAUCAGGCAGGGUACUUCAUGCUUCCCACGGUGAUAACAGACAUUAAGGAUGAGUCCUGCUGCAUGAAGGAAGAGAUAUUUGGUCCAGUGACGUGUGUCGUCCCCUUUGAUAGGGAAGAGGAAGUGAUUCAAAGAGCCAACAGCGUUAAAUAUGGACUGGCCGCGACCGUGUGGUCAGGCAAUGUGGGGCGUGUCCACCGGGUCGCCCAGAAGUUACAGUCGGGCUUGGUCUGGACCAACUGCUGGCUCAUCAGAGAGCUGAACCUACCUUUCGGGGGCAUGAAGAAUUCUGGGGUGGGUAGAGAAGGAGCCAAGGACUCUUAUGAAUUCUUCACUGAAAUCAAAACCAUCACUGUUAAACACUGAACUUGGCCGAUGGAGAAGCCCUUACAGUUGAUGCCUGGCUGCAGAGAAUCAGUCGUCCAGUGUGGUGAAUGGAAAUCCUGGCAUAAAUUCCAGUCUUGACUCAGAGAAGGUGAUCUCUCUAGCUUAUCCUCUGUACUUGGUAUUUUUUACCCACUGGUGACGUGAUGCUGUCUCUUUUCAAUAAGGAGUCGAAGAAUAAAAGGGCACAAAAGGGAAGCCAGACAAUCAUCAGGCUCCUCCUUGCUUGUGUCUUCAUAGUACUUUUUUUCCAUCAUUUUGAUUAAAUUCUUGGAAAUUCACAGAUAACCAGAUUUACUUUUUUCAUUUGCAAGUGUAUGGUAAAAAAAAAAAAAUCUACAAAGCCAAAGAGAAACAAAUCAGCAUAAUUUCUACCUUUGGGGAGACUGUAGAGUGGGUCUCCCCAUCCAUCAACCACUGGCAUGGCUCACUGGUAACUGAUGGUACCUCAUGAUACUAGGGGGCUUUGAAUGUUGCUGAUGUACUUUACGUGGGGUUUGUCAGAGCAGGCACAUAUGGUAGAUCUCACUAAAUACAUCUGUAUAAGGACAAAGAAAAAUAAAAGAACUACUACUUUUGGAAGAAACUUAGAACGUGGAGACUUUGAUCCAUUCCUUCUGUGGAGUCUAAUCAAUUCCAAUUCUUCGUGUAUGUAUCUCAGGAGAUUUAAAAUUU